CCUAUCGAGCCAUAUGCCACUGCCACUAUUGGCUAUCUUUUUUUCUUUUACAGUGGUCGGACUGAGUGGAUUGUAUCAUUAUUUAUAAAUAUUUUUUAUGAUCUCAACAUUUGUUACAUUAGGCUAAGACAGAAACAUGGCUGACGCAAAAGUCGAAACUAGUACGGAGAUCUCUGCCAAGGACCUAAAAGAGAAGAAGCUUGUUGAAGAGGCAGAAAAUGGAAAAGAGACCCCAGCCAAUGGAAAAGCUGAGGCUGAGGAGAAUGGUGAUCAAGACAAUGAUCUAGAGGAGGAUGAUGAUGAUGUGGGAGAGGAGGAGGAUGAGGAAGAUGAUGCUGAGGUUGAUGAAGAAGAUGAGGACGAUGAGGUCGAGGGUCGUGCAGGCAAGAGGGUGGCAGAAGAUGACGAUGAUGACGAGGAUGAUGUUGGAACAAAGAAGCAGAAAACCGCCGAUGAUUAAGAGUUGUGUGUUCAACCCCCUGGAAGCUGCUGCAACCUCUCUCCUUAAGCGCCGAACGUUUUGGAGGGAAACUGUGGUCAUCAUCAAGUAGAGUUCAACGUCCGUGUACACACACACAAAACUGCAAUUUUUUUUAGAAAACCCAAGACUUCAAAGUUCUACCUUCUUAACAAGAUACAGUACUUUAAAAUGAGAAUUUGUUUGUAUUUUUAUUUACAUUUUAUAUUUUUGUACAUAUUGUUAGGAGGUCAGCCAUUUUUCGACAGUGAUCUCUGGUUACCAAACGGUGCUUUGAAGUUGAUGCUUCUCUAUGAAAUAGACUUUACUUGUGGUUUGACCAGGCCAUGCUAUCUCAACACAAACUUGUACACAUUUCAGAAAACAAUUCAAUUCAAAGCAUUCCAGUAACUUUGUAAUUGUACUUUAGUUGUACCAUACAAAGUUGGUUUGUAUGAGAUGGCAAGGCCAAAGAAAAUAGGUUUAUUUUCUGUCUGUUAAAUGGCUGUCUGUUAUGGUCUGUGUAAUGUAUGUGUGCAUUUCUUGUAUGACAAUAAACCUGAAUUUUAUUUUGUGAGUUCUUAUUUUCUUCUGAUUCGUUUAUUUUUUUUUGUCUUGUUUUUUUGACCCAUCAUAGAUGGGGUUUCAUAAUGUUACAGUCAGCCACUUCAACUAGGAAAAUCAUCAUGCAGCUUUUGGCUCUAUAAUCUAUAAUCUAUAAAAGGAUAGUUUUCAGACAUGCUGUUCAUCUGUUUUAUUGGCCUGUUAGAACUGUAUAUCAAUGUAAAUGACUCAUGCCUUGGCUUAAAGACUUUAAGAUCUGGUCAAUUAUAUUGCAUUUAAUAAAUUUACCUGAGUGAA